AUGCUCGACUGCCGCUCCUGCGUCCCCUUUGACCGGGCCAGUGACACUGUGCGGGUGCGGCUCAACUCGGAGGCUGUCGAACGCUGGGACGCAGGUGAUGGCCGCUUUGUGGAGCUCUACGAAGGUGACCGGCUGGUGGUCGGCGCCAAGACGAGGGCGGAGGCAGAUGAGCUGGUCCAGCUUUGGCAAGAGCGCAAGAAGCAGACGUCUGAGGGCUCCGAGGCACUGGCGGAGGUGCCGGUGACGGGCAUCGACGGCAGCUUGCCGCUGCCAGGUAUUCACGCGGCAGUUCCGGACCUCGGCACAGAGGACACGGAGGAGCCUCUACCGCCGCUGCCAGCGCCGCCAGUUCAAGAGGAGGCAGAAGAGGAGGCGGCAGAGGAGGAGGAGAUUCCCAGCGAAGCCCUGCCCAGCCAGCUGCAGGAGCAGCGCCAGGCAGAGGAAAUCGCGGCAGAGAAGGCUCGCGAGGAGCAGCGCCGGGUAGAGGAACUCGCGGCAGAGAAAGCGCGCGAGGAGCAGCGCCAGGCAGAGGCCAGAGCUGCAGAGAAGGCUCGCGAGGCAGAGCUCCGGCAGAAGGAGCAGAAGGAGGAGGAGGAGCGUGCCCGCAGACAAGCCAGAGAGAAGGAGCGCCAGCAGCGUGUGGAGGAGUUCCUUCAAGCGCACGGCUUUGUGGCGCUGGGCCAUGCCAAGCGCGUGCAGGAUGCCUGCGGCUUGCCCUUCAUGGCGAGAACUGUGUAUCCCAUCCAUGUCGCCGCCGAGCUGGCGGACGCAGGCAUGGUGGAGAUGAUGAUUCAGGAGGGUGCCGACCCGACGCAGCGGACGUCCAACGGCAAGACGGCCUCCGAGCUGGCGCGGAAGCGCAACAAAGGCGGCUCCCACGAUGCGGUUCUGAGAGCACUGAGCUCGAAGGCUGCUUUCAGGGGCGGCGCCUGA